AUGAUUCUAGUUCUUAAACUUCCUCAAAGACAGCUCUGUGAUGACUUACAAUUAUUUUUUAAUCUUUUUGCACUGCCGAGUGAUAAACUUACUUUUCAAAGAGAAGAAAUGUUAGUAAAUAAAGUUAAAAGAGUUAAAAAGCUUAUAGAUUUAGAAAGUAUUUUUUUAAGACUUAACAAGUUUGAGACAACAGAAGUUUAUGAAAUAUUAGUAUCUAAAUCAACUGUAUCUUCAUUAUUUUGUGAAGAUAGUUUUAAUUCUUUGGAUGAUCUUAAAUUUUUACUAUACAAGCAUAUUGCAUAUUUUUUUGGAUACAGUGAAUGUAAGUUUAGUGGAAUAACAGUAAGAAAUAAAGAGAAUAAAAAAAUAAAUGUGGAAGAGAUAAUUUACAUAAAAAGUAGUGUAAACAUAAAAACACCUACUUUACUAAAAUUUGUAAAAUCUUCAAAAGAUACUAGUAAAUCAUUCAGUAUGCCCAUCAAAAUAGAUUUUAAGACUACUUCUACUAUCCUACACUCAUUAUUAUCUUGUAAUGAAUUACAAUUUAAGUUUAAUGAAGUAUCUUAUUUUCUUUCUAAAGACAAAGACUCAUUUGUAAUGAUCUGUGAAAAAUCUCAAGAUAAUAUUUAUUCAUUGAUAAAUCAACAUAAGGAGGCAGAAAUAUCUUUUUUCCUUAGUAAAGGCAAUAAAGAGAUAUCAAAAUAUUUUUAUAAAAUUUUUAUUGAAAAAAAUCUAGCAGAACUACAUUCCAAAAACUUACUGAAAAAAAUAUUAGAAAAAGAUUUAGAUUUUUCUUGGAAGUUUUUAUGUGCAGUUCCUAUAUUCAAUGACAACAGAGAUUUUGUAACUGAAAAAAUAGUAGAAAUUUACAAUAAACUUAAUUUAAAAAAACAGGCCAAAAGAAAAGGAGACUAUUUAAAUGUACAAGAACGCAGAUAUAUCGAUUUAAUGAAUUUUGGGUCACUUAAAAGAUUCUUUUACACUGAAUAA